UAAAUCCCUUUCUGCCAUAUAGCCAACCUGGAAGACAGUUAUGUAUUUCCGCAGUGCUUUUGCAUCGCUACAGUUAUGAUCCACCCAGGAAGCAUGGAUAUGAAGGAGACAUUCUCUCUUUUGACAGUUGGACUCUACUGAGAGAGGAGAGCGCUGCUCUCAUCAGAUAAAGUGAGAAAAAGUUAUUGUUUUUGUUUCCACACGCAGUGCAAGAAAAUGAAGGCGAUCAGUGAUUCCAUCACGGAUGUUUCGAGGUCAUUUUCCUUGGAUCCACCUUACUGGAUCCGCAGAUGCCAGACGGUUUUCCUUCUGCUGGUCUGUUUGUUCCACAGCAGCCUGAGCUCCCUGGUGGACUGUCCGCCCACCUGUUCCUGCUCAUCCACCGAGAUAUACUGUAACAAGUCAGACAGUAGCGGGUUGUUCCCGCUGUUGUCCUUCCAGGGGACAAGCACCGCAGGGAACGUGAGCGAGAGCAUCGAGGACUUUUUCCAGAACAUCAGCAGCAUAUACCUUGAGAAGUGGACAGGUCUAAAAAAAUUGAAAGAUGUUGAUAUGGAGCUGUACCCUGGCUUACAGAGGCUAACUAUUACCCGGAGCAGCCUGGACACUCUCCAUCCUCGGGUUUUCUCCAAAAACCCCAACUUGCGCUACAUAAACCUGUCCAAGAACCCUAUGUUGAAGACACUGUCCUGGCAGGUCUUUGAACAUCUGCAACACAUAGAACUGCAUAUGGAGGAGGUGGUGUUUUCCUGUGGCUGUGAGAUCCGCUGGCUGCAGUUGUGGCAGCAGAGAGGAAAAGCAGGCCUUAGCAGCCAACAGUUAACCUGCUCAACUGGAGACACAGAGAUACGGCUGCUGGACAUGAACGUCACCAACUGUGACCUACCAGUUGUCAGUGUCAGUCACAGCAACAUUACAGUUGUUGAAGGUGAUCGUGUAACAGUGAUCUGCAACGCUUCUGGAUUGCCAAUGCCUAAGUUGGACUGGCCUGUUAAGGGUUUGCACUCCAACACUACAGAAGGGGCUAAAGAAUAUAACAACAGUAUUCACUCCAUCAACAUAACACUGGUCAAUGUUAGCAGGGAGGACAACAAUUUUCUGCUAACCUGCACUGCCAACAACAUCGUAGGCUCAGCCAAAGCUUCUGUUCACCUAAUUGUUCACUUUCCUCCCUCCAUUGUGAAACUUAAGGAGCCAGAACGACGCCACGACACAUGUAUAGAGUUUACUGUCCAGGGUUCGCCCCAUCCAAGCUUAAGAUGGUUUCAUCACAAUGAGGAACUUUUGCACAGUGAGUACAUUCGCACUGAUAUGGAUGUUUACCAUGAUGACAUAGAGGGGUGCCUUCUAUUUCAAAACCCAACACACUACAAUAAUGGCAACUACACUUUGGAAGCAACCAACUAUCUGGGUAUGGUCACCAGGACAGUGUAUGGACACUUCCUUGAAGUCCCCCUUCCUGAUUAUGAUUAUGAACCUCCAACUACAGAGACUCACAAACCUUUGGAAGAUCCUUUUGGGGUCUCCAUGGCAGUAGGCCUUGCAGUGUUUGCCUGUGCAAUCCUUGUGGUUCUCUUUGUUCUAAUCAACAAAUAUGGACGGCGAUCCAAACUUAUCAUUAAAGGCCCAGAAGCAGUGAUGAGUGGUGAAGAAAACUCUGCCAGUCCCCUCCAUCAUGUAAAUCAUGCCGUUAUAAGCCCCUGUGCUCUGGAUGUUGGGUUAGAUUCUGUGGUGAUUGGAAUGUCCAGGAUCCCCAUCAUAGAGAACCCACAAUACUUUAGACAUGGACACAACUGUACUAAACCAACUACAUAUGUUCAACAUAUUAAAUGUCGGGACAUUAUUUUGAAGAGGGAGCUUGGUGAGGGUGCCUUUGGGAAGGUCUUCUUGGCUGAAUGUUACAAUUUAAGUCCAACCAAGGAUAAGAUGCUGGUUGCUAUAAAGACUCUAAAGGACCCCACAUUUGCAGCCAGGAAGGAUUUCCAACAUGAGGCAGAGAUGCUGACCAACCUCCAGCAUGAGCACAUAGUCAAGUUCUACGGAGUGUGUGUGGAUGGAGACCCUCUCAUCAUGGUCUUUGAGUACAUGAAACAUGGUGAUCUUAAUAAGUUUCUCAGAGCCCAUGGACCAGAUGCAACAAUCUUAGUUGAUGGGCAGCCCCUUCAGACCAAUGGGGAGCUGGGUCUUUCCCAGAUGUUUCACAUAGCAAGUCAGAUUGCAGGUGGGAUGAUCUACUUGGCUUCUCAACACUUUGUCCACCGUGAUCUUGCAACAAGGAACUGCUUGGUGGGGAAUGGCCUUCUGGUGAAAAUAGGAGAUUUUGGAAUGUCCAGAGACAUUUACAGCACAGAUUAUUACAGGGUUGGAGGUCACACAAUGCUUCCUAUUCGUUGGAUGCCCCCAGAGAGCAUUAUGUACAGGAAGUUCACCACAGAGAGUGAUGUGUGGAGCUUUGGAGUUAUUUUGUGGGAGAUCUUCACAUAUGGCAAACAGCCAUGGUUUCAGCUUGCCAACAAUGAGGUUAUUGAAUGCAUUACCCAGGGCAGGGUACUAGAGCGCCCAAGAGUCUGUCCAAAGGAACUCUAUGACAUCAUGCUGGGAUGCUGGCAAAGAGAGCCACAACAGCGCCUUAUCAUUAAAGACAUUCAAAAGAAGCUUUUGGCGCUAAUGAAAUCCACACCGGUUUAUCUGGAUAUAUUAGGAUAAGAACGGGUAAAAAUGUAGAGAAACUUGAUGCCCUGGAACAGACUCUAAUGAAACCAUCAUGUACAAUGGGAUAAAGAAUCAAAUUUACUUUGCAUCUGUUUUACUUAAUGGAGGAAAUGCAACAAAGUAACUUAAAUGGUGUGGAAAUGUAAGUGGACCAAAAAGAACUUGAUAAUACUGACUGCAUUACAUAGAUCUUGUAAAUGUUUUUUACAUAAACUCAAAACUUAAGACUCAUUCAGAACUAUAAAUUGUGUCAAACUUGAGACAAGCUUGUGAGAAAUAUUGUCCCAGUCAAUAGUUUUCUUUAAUCUUUUUAAAUAAAUAGUCAACACAUAUAGAUCAAUACAGCACUGUUUUUUAGUUCUGUCCUACAGUAGUCAUUUUGUAGUUUGGUGAUAUUUGAGAUAUACCAUCAUAAAUAUCACUGUGUGAAUACAUGUUAAUCAAAAUUCAUUUUACCAAUCUUUGUGUAUGUGUAUUCAGUACUCAGUCUUUAAGUAUUUUGUUAUUUUAUAUACAUAUAAUAAAUUGACUCCAUGUGCUAAAAUAAAACAAGUUUCCUCUUCA